CGUAUACCACCUAGCUUUAUUCACUCUUCGAAUUGAAGAAACCCAUAAGCGCAUAGAACCCUAGCGAAGAACACUGACGACGGCUAAAUGUCGAUCGAUUCGAUUCCCUUCUCUGCUAAAUACCAUCGCCGCUGUUGAAGGCUGCUAAGAACACCACGGAUGGCUCUUGAUCGUCAGGUAGCUUGGGAAGAACAUCAUUGGUACGGUCAAUCUCCAUCUUCUACGAAGAACACCACCGACGGCUCUCGAUCGUCAGAAUCUCCAAAGGCUUCUUUUAAGAUCAGAUCUAUGGAUUGACUGUUCAGGCACACACAAUCUACAAAUAUUUUGUUUCAGCUAACUUAUAACUUCCUCAAGAGGUGAAAGCAAGCCAUGUCAAAGAAUGAAGAAGUCAUGUAUGAUUUUGAUGUGGACGAAGGGUUGGAUGAUUUGGGCCAACGCUCUAAAAGGAGACAAAAGACAAAGAAGAAAAUGCUGCUAAAGAAAUCUGCAGAUGAUAAGAUGGUGGUAAAGGUGAAUAGGUUUGGUGUUCAUGCAGGUAAAGAAUGGAUAGAGUUGGCCGAUUAUAUUGCUGUCGUAGUGCGGGAUCAUGUUUCCAUAGUGCAUGAUGAAUGGAGACAUGUGGCAGUUAAACUUAAAGACGAAAUGUGGAAUCAUCUUAAGGAAUUGUUCGUGUUGAGUGAGAAUUCAAAAACGCAUGUCUUAGCUACUAUGAGUGUAGCUUUUAGAAAUUUCAAAUCUGAGCUGCGAACUGACUUUAUCUAUCAACAUGAGCAUGAGCUGCAGAAGUUAGCAUUACCUCCCGUGGAGUACAAACACAUUUCGAAGAAAGAAUGGAAAUUAUUUGUGAAGAAGACUUUCUCCGAAGAAUUUGUGGAGAAAAGCAAUAAAGCGAAAGAGCGCCGAAAAAAGCACAAAUUGAACCAUCGAUUGGGUUCUACUGGAUAUGGAGGCUUGCUUUUAAAGAAGCAAGAAGAACUUGGAGUCAAUCUGGAAGACAUUGAUCGUUGUGAUACGUGGUUGCUUGGCAGGAAAAGAAAAGAUGGGACCUAUGAUGAUGAUGUCAAAGAAGUGGCAAAUGAAAUAGAGGACCUGAAGUGCAAAGUACAAGAGGGGUGUUUGUGCCUAAUGGGGAUGCUGAUGUUCUUUCCACUGCUCUUCAGAAAAAACCCAAUGGCAGUAGAGUUCAAGGGUUGGGACACUUCAUAACCCCAACACAAUACUUCCACAAGCCAAAAGAGACAAGAACUGAUCGCGAAAAGGAGCAUGAGAUGUGUGAGCAAAGGUACAAGAUGAUGGUUAUGAAGUUUGAAGAAAUGAGGACACAAGUGUCGCAUGCCAUAAGUGAAAUUGGAAGUUCAAGUAUUCCCAACAAAUCUCCUAUUGUAAAGGCUGCUGAAGAGGUAGAUAAACAAAAACUUACUCCGGUGAAGAGACGUCGUGUUACUGUCUCCAGGAGCUCCCCCCACACAGCUCCAAGAAUAAGGAGCCCAAGUCAAAUGAGAGUGAAGAAGAAGGAGAUACAAAAGGAAAGCGAAAGGCAACUGAAGUGCCAGAAGAACAAAAGUUGACUCCCCAGAAAAAACAUCUUGCAGCAGUUUCAAGAAGGUCUCCGAGAUUCAUGCAAAUGAAGAAUCUUCGCGAGGAGUGUAGUUAGAGCAGCUAACAACACAUGCAUAAGUGAAGCAUCACGAGAACAGGUUGUGAGUGAACUAGGUGCUACUAAAAUAAAGGUUGAACCUCCUCACCUCAAGGAAGAAAGCAUUCCAAAGAUGAUUGAAGUUGAAGCUGGAGGUGUUGUAGUUGUUAAAGAACAUGGAAGGACUAAGAUGAAGUCAAAGCAACCACCGGCAAGGAAACUAAUUAUGCAAAGAACUACAAGGUUUGCUACUGAAAAAAGAAAAGAGAAAAGCAAUAGCAUGAAGAUGUUUUCUAUGCUAGUUGACAAAUGCCUAGGAGAUGGGUACAUGGUCGAACAUGAUGCUGAAAUAUUCGGGUUUGCAACUAAAUCUAUUUUCAAUAAGCAAGUGUGCGGCCUUGUAAUCAACUUUGAACAGGCACUUAUAUGAGAAGAUGCUUGAAGAUGGAGGUAAUAUGCCAGUCCAAUUUGGCACGUCUGCUGCAGUACCGGUACCAUUGAAACCCUCAGAUGAGUCCAUUACAAGGAGGUCUCGCUAUAUAGCAGAUCUUUUGGGUGUUGGUUUGCCUGGACAAAUCACACUAAUCCCUUAUAAUACAUGAUGUUGGUAGCCAUUGAUGUUAUGGCAUGGACAAUGUACUAUUUGGACUCAAUUGGAGAGAAUCAUCAGAAGAUCUGUCACUGAUUGUGAACCAGGGAGUGAAAAUUCAUCAUGCCUCGGUUUCAAAGAAGAGGUUAUCUCUGAAUUGGGUUACAGUCAUGGUAUGUUCCUCAUUGCCCUAAAUUGUAUUUGGCGUGUUUACAUGAUGUUGUAUAAUGAUACUAAUCUGUACUUGACACUGAUCUAGUGCCCUAAGCAAACUAGUUCUAUGGAAUGUUGAUACUUCUUGAUGAAGUACAUAAGUGACAUUGUCUGUGAUGUUAAUGUUCUGAAAAAGAAUUUCUCAACAAUAAAGGACUACUCUGAACAAGACAUCUUGCAAGUGUGUGAGGAGUGGGCAGCAUAUGCAACAAAAUUGGCCCUAAAAUGCGGUUGAUUGAAUGAUGGUCUGGAGUUCGUGUACUUUUGGAGUGAAGGAAAAUGCAAGAAACACUUUUGGAGUGAAGGAAAAUGCAAGAAACACUUUUGGAGUGAAAUUCAUUGAGAACUUUAUGUUGGGUAUACUUUUGUAGGUUCUUGUUUUGUGGAAUGUAAAACUGUACGUUAUGCAAUGCCCCGGUUAAUUGUGGCGUCAUUUUUGCUUGAAACUGAAAUCCUGCGCGGUUGCGCCCAUGUUGUUGUGGAAGUUGUAACCUAACAUGAAGAAUUAACAAUGAUGAAAUCCAAACACUAGUAUUAUAUUGUAAUGUUUAUUAGUGUGUUUGUAUUUAAAGUUGGUUAAUCGGUGUAUUGCUUGAAUGCAAACAUAUAAAGU